UAUAUAUACCGUCUGCCGAGCCGAUGGGGGCACAGUUCAGCAGCAGCAGCAGCAGCAGCAUCAGCAGCAUGAAGGUCCUGGUCGUCCUGAGCGCCGUCCUGGCCGUGGCCCUCGCUAAGCCCGGCUACCUGGGAGCAGCUCGCGCCAUCGCCGCCGCCCCCGCUAUCGCCGCCGCCCCCGCACUGGCCUACGGUGCUGCUCCUGCACUGGCUUACAGCGCUGCCCCCGCCGUGGUCGCCGCCCCCAUCCACGCCGGAUACGCCGCCUACGGCCCUGCCAACAUCGUGCUCGGAGCCGACGGCGUCCCCCUGGACACCCCUGAGGUGGCCGCCUCCAAGGCAGCCCACCUGAACGCCGUGGCUGAGACGCGCGCUCGUGACGCCAUCGUGAACAGCGCCGCCAUCGUUGCGGCUGCCCCCGCCAUCUCCGCCCCCGCCAUCGCCGCCGCCGCCCCCGCUGUCAUCGAGGCCAGGACCAUCGCCGCCCACGCCAUCGCCGCUCCCGCCCUGCGCUAUGCUGCCGCCCCCGCCGUGGCCUACUCCGCCGUCCACCCUGGAUACGCCGCAUACGGACCUGCCAACAUUGUGAUCGGUCCUAACGGCGUGCCUCUGGACACCCCUGAGGUGGCUGCUGGCAAGGUGGCCGACGCCGUCGCCCACCUGGAGGCUAAGGCUCGCAACGGUCUGAUCCUCUGAACUGUCCUGCUCUGAAGAGUUCUUUGCCGAACAUUUCAGAACUGUACAAACAUUCGUGCUGUAAAUAAAACAUGUACAUUACAUAGAAA